AUGGGUAUCCAGCCGUCGAAUAUGCGCCGGCUCGCUGCCGACCAUGCCGCCUUGCACCGCGACCUUCCGCCGUACUACCUGCAACCUUCAGAGGGUGAUGAUCUGUCACAGCUCACCAUCCUCCUCGCUGGCCCACCUGGCACGCCCUUCGCUCAAGGAAUAUGGAAGCUCCACCUCAAAAUGCCCGAUGACUAUCCAAAGAGCCCACCCAAGGCAACUUUCAAGACAAGGAUAUGGCAUCCGAACAUGGAGGAGCUAAGCGGGGCUGUGUGCGUCGAUACCCUCAAGCGGGAUUGGCAACCUAACCUGACACUUCGUGAUGUGCUGGUGACCAUAUCAUGCCUGCUCAUUUACCCAAACCCCGACUCUGCCCUCAAUGCUUCAGCAGGAGCUCUUAUGCAGGAGGACUAUGCCGCUUUUGCCCACCAAGCCAAGCUCAUGACAUCCAUCCACGCUCCAAUUCCUUUGGAUCUUCAAUCUGCAGCUACAGAGGCAAAGCUUCGGGGUGAAGAGCCGGGUACAAAAUUAGAUGAACACGACGAGAAAAGUAUGCAAGCCACACAAAAGGGCAAACGCGCCCAAGCUACAUCAAAAAGAGCCACUCGCAAGACACCUUCAGAACACCUCCCUUCGUCAUCACGUACCUCCUCUCAUCCCACACCACCCAUGUCCGAAGAUAUGAUGAGUGAAGACGAGAAUGACCAAGCUAGCGCCAGCAAAGAGAAUGACCCCUCAUUAUCGCCCUUGCCAGUAUCUUUAGCACCACCAAGUCCCCGCAAGACCGCAUUGGGCAAGCGUCCACUCUCUGUCCUAUCCAUUCCCUACCUAGAAGAAGACGCCGACAUGAUGCUCAUUGACGAAGACUCCGAUGCCGAUAUCCCAAUGACCUCAAACGAACAAAACAUCUCAGCAAACACCCGCUCUCGAACCUCUUCUCCCCUCCGCAAAGCUCCCAAACUCUCCAUGCUCUCCAGCGGUAUCAACGCCACUGGCCGUUUCCGUGACGAUAUGCCUAUCUACGAAGAUGUCCCCCAACUACCAAUGGCAGAUCCCUUCCGGCGCGUCAGCGGCGACGGCAAAGAAAACCACGUCUCUGCCACGCGCAAAAAAGGCGCCUUGAGCCCUUCAAAGACACUUGGAGCAACCCCUCUCUCCCCAGCCCAUUCACGCUCCUCCACCCCGCUUCAAUCAUCAAUCCCGGACAUUUCUUCCAAAGACCCCAAAAAGAAAUCAAUGGGUGUACACAAACGCCCGGUGUUCAAGGCGAAGCCUCGCAUUGGGAUCCGUCGCCUUUGA